AUGAAGUACAAAGCCCGAUUUGUUGUAAAGGCUUUUGGACAGAAACAUAGCAUCGACUUUGAGGAGAUUUUCUUACCAAUGAUAAAGAUUGCUUCCAUUCGUACAUUGUUAGGUCUAGUAACUAGCUUAGAUCUUGAAAUUGAGCAACUUGAUAUAAAAACUACAUUUCUUCAUGCUUACUCAAAAUCUUGUACUCCAAGCCAAGACUUAUCUUGUUGGUGUCGCGAAUUGCCAUAUCCAGCGCAAUGUCUCUACCACCUCAGCCAAGAAAGCCGACUUAGUCCAUUUGUUAUAAACGGGGAACGCGAUUUCCUAAGAGUGACAUUGAAGGCAGCCCUAACCGAGGUUUUGAGAGUGCGCAAAAGUGUAGAAAAUGUACCUGAAAAAAUGGGUGCAUGGUUCGACUGUUCAAAUCUCUACGAUCUUGCCACCCUCCAGCUAAACAACACUCUAUACGUCUCCAACAAUCACACAGAUUCCGAUACACAAUCAUGGCUUAGCGCAGCCUCCACGAAUAUUCUCAUUUGUGAAAGAGAAAUUUCCCAGAUUAUCAAUCACAUUACCCCUCUAUCGAGAAACAACAUAACGGCUCUAAUAAGGAAUUCACUUACCAUUAACCAUGAAUGGUCGGAACAGGCGGUUGAUCACAAUAUCCGACAACAUAUUCCUAACAAGUUGGUUCUUGGAAACGAAAAGAAGUCGACAAAAAGGACGUCAAUAUUUUCCAAGGUAGAUAUUGUAGUGGCCAAGGACGGAACUGGUAACUAUAAAACCAUACAAGAGGCUAUCACUAAUUUGAGAAGAUGGAAACGGAAGGAUGACAUGAAAUAUGUCAUUUCUAUUAAAUCGGGAGUGUAUCAUGAGAAUAUUCUAAUCCCUAAGAAUCUUAAUAACGUCGUAAUGGUUGGAGACGGCAUAAAAAAAACUAUAAUUACUGGUGAACGCAGUGAACCAAAAGGUUUUAGUCUCAUCGGAUCUGCAACUUUCGCCGUACAAGGCUCGGGAUUCAUUGCGCAGGGCAUAACCUUUAGGAACACAGCUGGUCCGAAGGGUGGACAAGGAGUGGCAAUGGCUUCCUUUUCGGAUCACUCUGUUUUUUACCGAUGUAGCUUUGAGGGAUACCAAGAUACCCUUUAUGCAGCUUCCGGUAGACAAUUAUAUCGCGAAUGUUUCAUAAUAGGGACUGUGGAUUUCAUUUUUGGAAAUGCAGCAGCCGUGUUUCAAAAAUGUACCAUAAAGACAAUGAACCGAGCCUUAGCUGUGAUAACUGCUCAAAGUAGGGAGUUUACAUAUGAGAACACGGGUUUCUCGUUUCAAUACUCGUUGAUAAUCCCCUCAAACAACACAUUUUUGGGACGACCUUGGAGGAAUCAUGCUCGAGUUGCGUUUCUUCAGUCAUUUUUCAACAAACAAAUCAAUCCAGCAGGCUGGUUAAAAUUCGCCGGAUCUUCGGAUGUGAACAAUUUGUGUUAUAGAGAGUAUAAAAAUUUCGGCCCUGGAUCUUCAACUCGGAAAAGAGUAAAUUGGAAAAGCUAUAGGGUCAUGGGUGACAUAGAGGCUCAACAAUACACUGUUCCAAAGCUCAUAGAUGGUUGGUCAUGGCUUCCAGAUACCCUAGUGUUCGAAUGA